GCGCUUUCCCGUUCCCCGACCGCCGGUCCUAAGAUGGUCAGGUGGCGGGAAUGAUUCUACCAAUGUAUUGGAAGAAGGUGGGAUGGAAAGGGCGAAAGGUAAAUCCUGCAGGAUAUGCUGGGAAGAAGCAGAUGCCGAGCCAGGCGGGGCCCUUGUGGCACCGUGUAUCUGCAAGGGCACGACGAGGUACGUGCACCUGAGGUGUCUUAGGCAGUGGCAGAUCGCACGUCUGACAGCUGGCGAAGUCCGAGCGUCAAACUAUUGCGAGAUCUGCCACAGCAAGUAUAAGCUGCCUCAGGGCACUCCAAGAGGGGCGCUGCCAUGCUCCUGGCUGGGAGAGUGGCUCAGGCAGAGCCUCGCCCAGGCUAGGGAGCUGGUCAACAGGGACCCUCAGAAGCUCUUGGAGAGGAUCUGCCAGGUCAGCUUUGCAGCCAACGCAGUCAUCCAGGGGAGUUUCUAUGCCGGCAGGGGCUUGCAAAGGGGCUUCCUGUCGAGCACCCAGUCGUUGGGGCCCAGGGUCUUGACCUUCCUUGGCUGGGUGCCAGAACUCAUCCUGGGCUCCGCUGCUAUUCCCUCCCUGCAGGCGCCAAUCUUCUUUUCGAGCGCUGCGAUUGUCAUAGCAUCCCUGGUGGAGGUCGCUGUGUGCUCUGCCGCCGGCGCGUAUCUGGGCUUCCUCUAUGGGUCAUCAGUAGGCACGCUGCGCCUGCUGCACUGGACGAUGUCACUCACACUGGCAGUGCCCUUCCGCGCCAGCAGCGCAGUCAGGGGAGGCCUGGCCAAGGUGCUGUCACAUGGCGGCAUGCUUCUGUCGUCCAUAUUCUGCGGCGACAAAAGCAAAGCCAGCGCCACAACCUUCCUGGCACAAGUCUGCCUCAUCCGAUUCCUCUUCGGCCGCCGCUGAUGGUUGCAUGUCAGAUGGAGUACUGCCUAAGAGCUAAAAUUGCUCGAAGGAAUGAUCAGGGCGACCAGGGGAGCGCAGCGGCACACCGCAUAGGUGUAUUGCUUUGAAGGGUAUAAACAUGUGCUGAGAAUGUACAUUUGAGUGAGAGGAGGAGGAGUGUGGGAGCUUUUUUCUUAUUACAUGCAUGGCAAAUUGUUUGACCCGAACAUAUCGAAUGCCCUUGCUGAACCUCCUAUCCAAAGACCUUUGCUAAAAAGAAUUUUGAUCGAUCAAAAUCCAGGAUCCUUGGAUAUGACUUAUUUUUCACGUUGCCAUGAAUUUUAUUGAAUUAGAUAUGCCAUACAGUAUAUGCAAUGCAGUCAACACGUGCAGCCUUUGUAAAGUUGUUGAUAGCAGUC